AUGCAGGAGGCAAGGCACGUCGUGCAAGAUGUGAGAUAUAAAGAAGCUAGUCUGCGCAAGUCCUGCGCCGAGAACAUUGUAAAACAAGUCGAGGCUAACGCUUUAGGUUGCUGUGCUCGCACUUGCGGCUGGGAUGGGGAAAGCUGCAACCUGUGGCCGUUGAUGAGUGCAGACAGUCAGCGAGACUGGCAGGAAGAAUGCUGCAGCGAAGAAACGGUUCUGCGGCACUCGCUCCGCGAGAAGAUGUGUGAUUCAAUGCUCUCCGAGGCUGACAGGAAGAUUGCGGAUGCAAAAGACGAACCAUCAACGCCUUCCGAACGACUAGCUGUGGGCCAAGAUUUGCCUGCUUCGAUGCGGGCGCAGCUGGGGAGCUCGCUGAUUCACCUGUCACAGCUUGGUGAGAAAAGUUGCGCCGACGACGACUUCAUCCACAAAUGCCCGCCCACCCAACAAGAAAUCAAUCAACAGGCCUGCGGGGAGCUGCAGAAGUGGAAGGUCAUGGAGCCAAUCGACUACACACAGCUUUUAUACAGCAUUGUGGAAGGGUCCGAGGAUUGCGUGGAGAACACUGGUGCAGCAGCAUGCCAUAAGAAGCAUGUUGCCGGCAAGCGAGUGGUGUUCGAGUGGACGCUGAAGACGCGACAGCAGCGCUGCUGCCAGUUCAACUUAGAACCGGGCACUCAUCCGAAGUUCCAGGACUACGACCCGACGAAGGUGAGGCUGCACGACGUCAUGAAUGGCAAACUGCUGUUCUUGCCGAAGUGA